AUGGUUCGUCCAAUUCCAAUAUUCCAUGAAAGUGAGAGCUUCUCGGCGAUCGCGGUAGCGUUGGGGCUGUUUGUUUCGGUGUCUGUUUUGGUAGGUUUGUGUGCGAAGCAUGCAAAGCAAAUUGGUCGGAAGGAGAGCCCGAAAAGCGGGCAUCCGCUGCCGUCGCCGAAGCAGCUGAUGGCGGCGAUAAGCCAGAAGGCCAUGUCACCGUUGAUCCACAGCAAGAAGGCGGCGGCGGCGGCGGAUUCCGGCGAGGAGAAUGGGGUGUGGCAGAAGGCGAUCUUGAUGGGGGAGAAGUGCCAGCCGCCGGAAUUCUCCGGCGUCAUCUACUACGAUUACGACGGAAAGAGGAUCCCGGAGAUGCCCAAGUCGCCGCGCCACGGCUCCAUGACGCCGUUGAAGAAUAUUAGUUUUCCGCAGCAGAAAAAUGAGGCCUCUGUUUACUGA